AUGGCUGAAGGUUCUACUAUGCCACAUACUACUCUUGCGAUGGAUCAAUCCUCGCAACCAGCUGUACUUUUUACAACAGAAAUAUCUCAACAACAACAAUCACGACCUUUACGACAUAAAAUAAGUCAUCAUUCAACACCAGCUUUUUCAUCUUUCUUACGAACAACAUCAGGAAGUGGUGGUCAUUUUCUUAAUAAUUUAUUACAACGAACAAUAACAAAUCGUCAACGAGCUGAAAUACAAUUACAAGGUUUGCUUGAUGAAUCUGAAGAAUCACUACCCACAUUUAUACGUCGUGCUAGUGAUCAAUUAACUCAUAAUAAUUUAUCAUUAGAAGAAGUAUCAAAAUUACUUAAUACUCAACCAUUUAUUAUCGAACGUCUUGUAAAUGUACUUUAUUCAUCAACAGAUGAUGAUGAAGUUAUAAAAACAUUAAAUAAAAUUGAAGUACAAAAAUUAACACGUAUUCUAAAUAGUACAAUGGAUGUACGUGCACUUGUAUUCUUUAUGAUGUUAGAUGAAAAUAGUGAUUAUUAUAUAACAAAUAAUGAAUUAGCAUCGUUUUAUGAAAAAUAUCUACAACAUUUAAAAACAUUUGAUGAAAAUCGAUUACAAGAAGUCAUUCAAGUACUUCUUCAAAAAUUUCAUCUUGAUCAAAAAUCGCGUAUUGAUUUUGAAGAAUUUUAUUCAAUUGUAUCAAAAGAUUCAACUUUACUUCAAUCUUUAUCACAAUUUACAGUUCAUCCAACAUGGUUUAUUAAAACUUCGGCGAAUUCUCGUGAACAAGAAAAUAAAUUUCAACGUUUUCUUUCUCAUUGUUGCCAACAACAAAGAAUUUAUGAAAUACAAAAAAAUAAAUUAACAAUUGAUUAUAUGAAAGAUAAUCUUUCACGUAUAAUUGUUUUAUUUAUUUAUAUAUUAAUUAAUCUGGCGUUACUUCUUUAUGUUGUUAUUUAUCGUGCAACUGUAACAAAAUCUAAUAUUUUUGUUAUUUUUGCACGUAUUGGUGGAUUAUUAUUAAAUUUUAACUGUGCACUUGUAAUUGUACUUAUGUUAAAACAUACAAUAUUAAUUAUUCGAACAAAUACAUUCUUACGAAAAAUAAUACCUGUUGAUGAUCAUAUUGAUUUUCAUAAAGUUGUUGGGCGUGUUAUUGCUGCUUUGGCAAUUUUGCAUACAGUUGCACAUAUGAUAAAUUUUGGAAAACUUGAAGAUCACUCAUGGGGAACUUUUAUGUUUACUACAAAACCUGAUGUUGGAUGGGUUGGUGGUUUUGCACCAAUAAGUGGUAUUAUUUUAUUUAUUAUGCUUGCUACAAUAGUUAUUUGUUCAAUGCAAUGGAUUCGACGUGGUGGACAUUUUCAAGUGUUUUAUUGGACACAUUUACUUUAUUUACCUUUUUUUGUGCUUCUUAUUGUUCAUGCAGAAAAUUUUUGGAAAUGGAUUAUUGGUCCAUUAUCAUUAUUUUUACUUGAAAAGCUUUAUUCAAUUUUAACACGAUAUUCUGUUAAAAGUGGACGAACUUAUCUUCAUUCAGCGACUAUUGAACAAUCAAAUGUGGUUAGUUUGAAUAUUCAUCGACCAAAAAAUUUCAUGUUUAAACCUGGUGAUUAUAUAAGUAUUAAUUUACCACGUGUGGCACUUUAUGAAUUUCAUCCAUUUACAAUAAGUAGUGCACCAGAAGAUACAACUUUUCUUCGUAUACAUAUUCAAGCAGUUGGUAAUUGGACUAAACAAGUUUAUCAACGUUUUAAAGAAAUAUCUGAGGAUGAUAGUCGAGAAAAUCAUGUUAAAGUUUAUCGUGCUGAUAUUCGUCCUGAAGAAUCAGUAGCUGAUCUUCAAGCAAUGCAAGCAGAUCAUUGUCAAGAUGCUGAUGAUGAUAAUGAAGGAAAUGAAGAUAAUAUAUUAGAAACACGUAUAAAAUCAAAGAAACGAGAACCCAUUGUUAUCAAUGGACCUUAUUCAUCUUGUGCACGUUAUAUAUUUGAUUGUAAACAUGUUGUUUUAAUUGGUGGUGGAAUAGGAAUCACUCCGUAUUCAUCAAUAUUAUCAAGUCUUAUGGCACAAUUUCGUGCAUCACGUGUUAUUUGUAAACAUUGUAAUAGUAUUAAUUAUAAUACUAAAGGUCUUAUAGAAAAUCGUCGUUUAAAAAAAGUUGAUUUUAUUUGGGUAAAUCGUGAUCAAAAAAAUUUUGAAUGGUUUCUUAAUCUUCUACGUCAAUUUGAACAAGCACAAGACUAUUAUUUAGCAUCAAAUCCAAAUGAUAAUCGUUUUCUUGAUAUACAUUUAUAUUUCACAGAAAUAAAACAUGAUGAAAAUAUUGGUAAUGUACCAUUAGAUCUUGCUACACAAAUUUGGAAACAAGUUUCUGGACAAGAUAUAUUUACAAGUUUAAAAUCUAAAACACAUAUUGGACGACCAAAAUGGGAAGAAAUAUUCAAUCAACUUAUUUCAGGUGAAAAUGCUUCAACAGCUGAUGAUGUUAAUGUAUUCUUUUGUGGUCCCAAUACAAUGGCCCAAGCCAUUCGAAAUCAUUGUGCUACAUUUCGAUUUCGAUUUUAUGAAGAAAAAUUUUGA